AUGCCGGCGACGCGGUGGCGGCGGCUGCUACUACUGCUGAAGAGCUUCGCGUUUCUCGGGAGCCGGCCUCUCUCUGCCUUCGUCCAGCCUCAGCCGCCGCCGCACCUCGUCGCUUGCCGGCUUCCAGAGAUGGCGUGCGAGUCUAUUAGUAGGCGCGUGGUAGUGAUGGCGGCUUUCAGGGAGACUUUUCCUGUCACUGGAUACUGUUCCUACUACCGGCGGCGGCGGCGGCGGCGGCGGGAGCAGCUUCUAAGUAGCCCCGCUGCUGCUGCUUCCAUGCUGCACAGCCCUUCUGCAGGAGGGGCCAAAGGGAAGUCUUGA